UUUGGUAAUGAUGUACCCAUGUGCUUAGAUGUCAUAGGUAGAUUUAUAAUGAUUAUUUAAAACAAUCAGUAGCCUUCUCUACAUCUUCACAGAUAAAUUGCUAACAUGGAUAGGCUGCGGCGAAUGGAACUAAUUGCAUUGAAGAAGGAAGAACAGGUUAUACGGGAAGUGAUAGAGAAAUAUAAGAACGCCCUCAUUCGUCUCCAGGUAGAAGAAUUAUCAAUUAUGCAUCAGUUGGUAGGCAAGGAAGACCAGGAGCUGAAGUCGCGUAACACUACUAUGUUGGAAGCUGAUGUGAAUUCUUACCAGCAAAUCCAAGCCAAUCAGAUGUUGCCCACAAGUAUCAGUGACGUAACAGGCCCGAGUGAAAUCACCCUGAAAGAACUGCAAGUUAACCAAAGUACCCUGAAUCUAGAUGCCGCUCCCCUCAUUCAUAGAAUGCUCCAAGACUCCGAAGCAUAUAAAAUAUAGAUAAAUUAUUCCAUCAUAUCUGUUUUCACCUUUUAUGUCUGGACACUUUCAUGCUGGAUUUCUAUUCUUAAUGGUGUGUAUAUGUGCAGUUUAUUGGAAAAUCUGACUUUGGCACAGGAAUAGCAAUUUAUUAGGAAUUCCAUCUUUUAAGAAACACUUUCCCAAAACAAGAAAGACGAUGAAUGUAAAUGCUACUCUUUUGUAUCUAGCUCUAGUGACCACAUGUGGGUUUGCUUAUAUAAAGUGGCCAAUUUCAUGGUUUACUUUUUUGCUUUGUAAACCGUCACUCUCUGUUUUUGUGUCUCAUGAUCAUCUGUAGCCGUUGUUGUCAUACUUAGGUGUAUUUUAUUUUGUAUUAAUCAGCUGUAUUCUUGUGCAGUUUAUUCAACUGCCUUUUGUUUCUUGACUUAAGGAUCUGUUAUGUUCUUUCGCCAAGAUCAGCUGUGUUUCUGCGUUUCUCAAAUGAGGCCAGUAUUCUCCAGAUUAAUUUUAUAUUAUUCAGAAAUUAAAGAAUGAUGUCAGAUUACAGUUGAACGGCUAUUUUCAAAAAUUACUUAAAAUCC